CAGCAAACACAGCAGCAGAAACAACGACAGCAGCAACAGCAACAGCAGCAGCAGCAACAGCAGCAGGGGCAACAGGAGCUCAACCCCCAGCGCAGGAAACACAAUCGAAUGCGGUCUCGCUUCCGCAGCCAGCAGCAGCAGCAGCAGCAGCAGCAGCGCCAGCAGCAGUUGGUGCGGGUAUUGCUGCUCCUUUCUUAGCUGCUGCUCAGCAUCCAGCAGCAGCAGGCAGCACGGAUAGCCCCACCUCAGCAGCAGCAGCAGCAACAGAUGCACCGGUUCCAACAGAAGAGCAGCAGAGUGCUGCUGCUGCUGCUGUCGCGCUAGCGGGAGAGCUGAAGCUGCCAUUGGUUGCUUCUUACUUGCGGGGGAUGGGUCUGGGGUCUCUUGCAAUCGACGAUUUACCGUCUCCUCCCUGCAGCACAAUCUCCUCUGCUUCUUCGUCUCCUACUGCUGUUGCUGCAAGCAAGCAGCAUGCAGCAGCAGCAGCGGCUGCUGCUGCUGCUGCUGCUUCCUCUUCUACGCCUGCGGGGGCACCACCCUACCUUGAUCUGGGGCAGCAAGCUGCUGCAGCUGCUGCAGCAACAGCAGCAGCAGUGACGCCCUUCCCUGCCCUCGCUUUGGGUCUAAGCCCGAGGGUUCCGCAGCUGCAGCAGCAGCCAGCAGCAGCAGCAGCUGCUGCUGCGGCUGCGGCUGCUGCUGCACAGCUCGAUCCCUUGCAGCAGCAGCAGCAGCAGCUGAUGCUGCAGCGGCAGCAGCUGCUGCUGGCCUUCGCAAACCAACAUCAGCAAAUGUUAGGGGCGCUGCACCAAUUGGGGGUGACUCCAGCAGCAGCAGCAGAUGCUGCAGCAGCAGCAGCAGAUGCAGCAGCAGCAGAUGCUGCCGCUUCCAUUGCAACAGCAACAUCUCUCAGCAGCUGUGGGGCGCUGCUGCCGGAUGCAGCAGCAAACUGCAGCAGCCUCUCUGCUGGUGGCCGCCCUGCAGCAUCAUCACCGGGCAGCAGCGCAGCAGCAGCAGCAACAACAGCAGCAGCAGGUGCGGCGGCGUCGCUUCCAUCUGUGGGGCCCCACAUCCCUGGGUUAGAGGCAGCAGGGUUGUGUGUACCUCAAGUCCAGGGGCUGGCGUGCAGCAGCAGCAGCAGCAACAGCAGCAGCAGCAGUGUGGCUUCCCUUUUUGGAUCGGGAGAUUCGGGCGCAGCAGCAGCAGCAGCAGCAGCAGCAGCUGCUGCUGCUGCAGCAGGAGCAGCAGGCUCUGGGGGCUUAGGGAGCUCCCUCUCGAGUUAUAAUUCAGUUUGUAUGAAUGGGGUUGUUGUUCCGAGCGAGAUGGAUGUCUGUGGGGGUGCCAACCCCUUAAAGAGCCUAGCGCGUACAGCAGGAGCCUCCUGCCAUCCCUCUGUUGUACCAGUUGGGGCCCCCUCUUCUUCUGGGGGCCCCCUAUCUGUUAUAUCUUCUGGGGGCCCCCCAGGGGGCCCCCCUACUAAUGUUGUUACCUCAGCUGGGGGGGCCCCCCUAGGGGUACCCUCAAUAGGGGGGCCCCCUGGAGGGGCUUCGGCUGGGGGGGCCACCGGAGGGGCCCCCGGGGGGGCCCCUGGGGGGGCCUCAGGAGGGGGGGCCCCCGGGGGCCCCGGGGGGGGCCCCCUACCUAAGAAGUAUAGUGGGGUUUGGUUUGACCCGCAGCAAAACUGCUGGAGAGCGUCGUGGGUUUGUGCUGAGACAGGGAAGCGAAGGUUUAGAUAUUUUUCUGCUGUUAAGUUUGGUCAUGACUACGCGCUGCAGCUCGCAACAGAAACAAAAGAGAGGGCUUUGGAGAGGAAGAAGGUUAAAGCGCAGCAGCAGAUGCAGCAGCAGCAGCAGCAGCAGCAGCAACAACAGCAACAGCAGCAGCAGCAGCAGCAGCAUGUGGGUGCGACGCUUGGGAGAACCAUACUUGAAGAUAGAGGAGUUAAAGCAGAAACGCAAGAACAGCAGCAGCAGCAGCAACUGCAGCAGCAGCAGCAGCUGCAUGCGGUGCCGCUGCAGCAGCAGCACAUCGCACCCCCAGGGCCCUUUCCAGAGGUCAAGACACAAACCCCAGGUGCAGCAGCAACAGCAGCAGCAGCAGCAGCAGGGGAAUGUACAUCUGCGAGUUUAAAUUGCAGCCAGACAGCAGCAGCAGCAGCAGCAGCAGCAUCAUCAUCAUCAUCUUCCUCAGCAGCAGGAACAUCGACCCCCAGCCCCACACCCACUUCCACAUCCGCAGCAGCAGCAGCAGCAACAUCAUCAUCAUCAUCAUCAUCAUCAGGAGGAGCAGCAGCAGCAGCAGAAGGAGAAGCAUUAGCAGCACUUGCUCGAGAAGUAGUUAAGGUUCCUGGGGUGUACUAUGACGGGGCACGACGCAUCUGGAGGGCCUUCUGGCACGAGGGAGGCCGAAGGGUUAUUAGAUAUUUUACAGUUAAUAAACACGGCUUUAGACGAGCUCAUCAAUUAGCUUUGUUAACAAGAAAAAAAGCAGCAGAAGCGCUGCAGCAGCAACGCAAAAGAAAGAUAUUGCUGCAGCAGCAGCAUCAGCACCAGCAGCAUCAUCUACACCAAUUCCCACUGUCUGAACAUACACAUAGCUCUUCUAAUACUGCCGCAUCUGCUGCUGCUGCUGAUUCAGCAGCAGCAGCAGCAGCAGCAGCUAUCAAACCUCAUCUAUCGCAUGCAGAGGCACAUUAUGAUGCUGCUAAUGCACGACUUGAGAAAGCUCUUGAACAGAUACAGCAAAUGGAGGAAAGAGAAGCAGCAGCAGCAGCAGCUGCUGCUGCUGCUGCAGCGGCCCAUCCCACGGCGGACGCUCACACAGCAGCCAACUGCAGCAGCAGCAGCAACAGCAGCAGCAGCAGCAACCCAGAGGGCCAGGCAGCAGCCGCAGAAGCAGCAGCAGAGUCGCGACUUGCUAAUAGCCGCCUUCCCACAGGAGCAGCAGGAGCAGCAUUAGGAGCACCGGCAACCCCACCAACAUCAGCAGCAGCAGCAACAGCAGCAGCAGCAGCAGCAGCAAAUGCUGUCUACUGUGGGGCCAGCGGACGAGUAGAUUACUUAGAAAGGGUAGCGCAGCUGCCUGUAGAGCCGCAGGUGCAGUGGAUGGAGGCGAUCAAGGCGUGGGUUGUCUUAGCAGCAGAAGAAGAAACAGCAGCAGCAGCAACUGCAACUGCAACAGCAACAGCAGCAGCAGCAGCAGGAACGACCAGUGCUGUUGAAAAGACAGAACCAACUGGGGCACCAACGACUGCAGCAGCAACAACUGCAUCAGCAGCAGCAUCAGCAGCAGCAGCAGCAGCAGCAGCAGCAGGAAUAAAGGGACAGAGGGGGGGCCCCUCAGAGGGGGCCCCUCGUAUCUUAAAGACAUUCCCAAUACGCAAGUUUGGCUUCCGAGUAGCUCGAGAAAAAGCAGUAGAGUGGAGAGACAAGCGACGAGCAGCAGCACAAACAGAUGCAGCCUUCCGCCGCUGCAAAGCAAGCAGCAGCAGCAGCAGCAGCAGCAGCAACAGCAGCAGCAACAAUAACAGACUUCAUGCUCUGUUCGAUCACGGGAUAACGGCAGCAGCAGUAGGCCAAGCUGGAGCAGCAGCAGCAGCAGCUGCUGCUGCUGCUGCAGUGUCUCCUACUUACUCGACGAGCACUUGCGCAUCAACGCCGAGUCCUUCUGCGUCUCCUGCUGCAGCUGUGGUGUCUGCUGCUGCUGCUGGAGCUGCAGCAGCAGGCAGCAGCGAAAUAUGGGGCCACAGCAGCAGCAGGAAGCGUAGCGUUGCUGCUGCAGCAGGUGGUGUUGGUGGUGGUGCUGCUGCUGCAUACGACAGUGUUUCGGGUGAUAUUUGCUGCUUAUUAUCUCCCCAAGGGCGCAGCAGCAGCAGCGGCAGCAGCAGCAGUAGCACGUCCACAACUACCCCUACCACCAUCAGCAGCAGCAUGAGCAGCAGCAUCAGCAGCAGCAGCAGCAGUGUGGAGGUAAUGAGGAGUGCUGUCUGUCAUAUACUUAUCGAUCUGCAGCAAUGUAUUAGCAGAAUUUUAACUUCAGAGAUGAUGUUUGAUGGCGAUGAAGAGCUGUCUGCUGAGGUGCAUCGGUGGAGUCGUGCGGUGUAUGUGCAGCUCGAAUUGUUUUCUUCUUUUGCUCUUCUAGCUGUACAAACAAAGCAGCCAGAAGCAGAGGCAGUUGUCUCAGAGAUGCUGCUACCUUAUCUGCGGUUAUUUUGUCAUUGUAUUCGCUGCAACAAGAGGCCUAGUGAGCUGCCUCGGGAAUAUCAGCUGCUGCUGCUUGAUGCUCUAUGUAUACUCGGCUCUCCAGAUGCUGCUGCAGCAGACAGCACCAGCAACCAGCAGCAACAGCAGCAGCAGCAGCAGCAGCAGCAGCAGAUGCUGAUGGGAACAAGGCAGCAGAAACAGAGAAAAGUUUGUGAACAGGAAGACAAACAUAUCUUUGCUUCCGCCAGCAGCAAACAACACACACAGCCAAAGGGGUCAGAUCCUGCUGCUGCUGCUGCUGCUGCUGCUGCUGCUGUUGCUGCAGAGCCUGCAGCUGCGGAUGCUGCAGAGACUAAUGCAGCACUCACAGCCGCAGAACCAGAAACAGCAGCUGCAACAGCAGCUGCAACAGCAGCUGUAACAGCAGCAGCAACAGCUGCAGCAACUACACCCCUUGUAUCCCCCCAGGCCUAG